AUGGCUUGGCAGCAGCUACAUCCCUAGUGUCGUUGUUGUGCCCGUUAAAGUGUGUUGAAGUGCACACGAUGCUCCCCGGUUGAAGAGACACUUUUGCCGGUCCAUGAUGUCCAGACUGCAGGCCGUGAAGGCGCUGGUGGCCGAGAGACUGGAGGCGGCUGCGGAGGAAAUAUUCCGCUCUGUGGAGGAGACUCUGCAGCUCACUUCAGAUAUGUCCCCCGAGCAGCAGAGGGCAGCUGUACACGAGCGGCUGUCGGCGGUCACUGACGAGAUCUUUAGGAUUCUGGAGAAAAUGUUGGGAGAUUACGAGGCAGAAGUCUCCAGUUCCCACGAGGAGAUCGAACGUAAACGCCAGCCGAUGAGCGUCUCAUUGGAAACGGAGACGAAUGUACACGGAACAGACAGACUGCCGCUCUCUAGGUUGAACUGUGGAAAGGACGCUUCCUCUGAGCAGAGCAGGAGCUCCAGUCAGGUCCAGAAAACAUCAGGUCUACCACAGAUUAGAGACGCGUCUACGGAGACAGACUGUGACGUUAUCCACGGUAAACCUUCACAUCUUCACCAAACACAAAGAGCAGAAAAGGGAACCUCGACUGUGAUGGAGACAGAGACGCUGCCGCCGAGCGACCACGAGGUUCUCUCAUCAGACAAUUCAGACGCUGCGAGUGACGAUAAUGAUUGUCAGAUAAACGAGAAACAUCUCAAAUCAAACAAAAGAAAAACAUUUCAGAGACAAAGCCAGGCCGAGGAUUAUUGCGAAAUGUGUGGAAGGUCUUUCCUCAAAAGUGUCGCUGGGAAGAAAAUUAAAAUACAGGAAAGUAAAAUUUCUGCAACAAACAAGAUCCAACUUACAGGACAGAGUUGUUGUAGAGUUUGCGGAAAGUUUUUCCGCUACAAACGUUCUUUUCUGAAACACGUACUCGUGCACGAACAGAGCUCCGAUCUGUGUGGAGCCUGCGGGAAACAUCUGGACUCUGACGAGAGCUUGAAGGUGCAUUUACAAACCCACAGCGAAGAGAACAGCUGCAGGGAUCAGACGGAGGACAAACAGUCCGAGGCGGAGUGCUCUGGCGCUGAGAGUGAAGCGGGUGACAGUGAUGAGAAGUGGAAGGACAGCGGAGGAAGCGAUGGUGAUGACGGAGGCAGCGACAAAGAUGAGACCAAAGACGGACCUUGUUUACAAAAGUCAAAAACGAAAGAAUCAAACAAACCUAAAGGACUUAAAAACAAGGAUUUCAGGGAUUUAUCGCAUCUGAAAUACCGCUGUAAAGUCUGUGGCAAGUAUUUCUGCUACAGAGCCUCUUUUUUGAAGCACGUGCAAGAAGACGAGGAUGAUGCAGAUCUUUGCGGGGUGUGCGGGAAACGCUUCGAGUCCGAUGACGGCUUGAGGCUUCACCUGCAAACGUACGUCCAAACGAACGACUGCGAGGUCUGCGGCAAACACUUUGACAGCCACAAACAACUGGAGAUGCACAUGAGGACGCACACGGGGGAGAAGCCGUACGUCUGCAACGUCUGCGGCAAAGCGUUCGCUCAGAACGGGAACCUGAUGGGGCACAUGAGAGCCCACACGGGGGAGAAACCGUACGUCUGCAGCGUGUGCGGCCAGAGCUUCAGCUUCAAAGAAUACAUGACGGCUCACAUGAGGAUCCACACGGGGGAGAAACCGUUCCUCUGCAGCGUCUGCGGGAAAGGAUUCCGACAGAGGGGGACCCUGAAAACGCACAUGAUGAUCCACACGGGGGAGUCCACGCACCGCUGCGGCGUGUGCGAGAAGAAGUUCUACAAGAGCGGGGCGUUGAAGAUCCACAUGAGGUCCCACACGGGGGAGAAACCGUAUCUGUGCAACGUUUGCGGGAAGAGCUUCACGGCGAGCGGCUCGCUGGCCAAACACAUGGGCACCCACGAGGGGGAUCGAACGCACGGCUGCAGCGUCUGCGGCAAAGGGUUCGCGAGGAAGGAGGAUCUGAAGAGACACGUUCAGUCUCACGAGGAGGAAUCCACGCGGCUGACGAGUCUUUGAUGUCUGUUUAGGGAAUUGUUCAACAUUUUAAGCAGAUACGCAAAUUUGCUUUCUGUCUAAUGGAACACUCAGCCGAUGAAUCGAUCGACAGAAACUUAUUUGGUGACUAUUUUGUGGAUUGCUUCAUUUUUUCGAUGUCGACUUUCAAGCAAAAAUACCGGACGUUGCCUUGUUCCAGCAUCUCGGUGUGUUUGUGUGUCAUAGUAAAUGGAUAAUUUGGGGGGUUUUGGACUUUGGAAAUUUGCAUUUUUUGAUAUUUUCUGACAUUUGUUAUGGUAUAUUUACUGCGGUUAUGCUGUCGAUCUUGCUUUCUCCUGUUGAUCUCUUUAUAUUUUAUUCAAUUCAUCUCAGUCUGGUUUACAUGGUUUGUAGCCUCUAAAUCUUAAAUCUGAGAACAUUUUCAUGCUCAGUUCAAACUUUCUUUUUCUACUGUGUCUCAGAGGGAACUUUGUCUCGUUCAGUUAUGUAGAACCAUUGUACUUAAGUGUUAGUCGCAGCCCUAUAACCUCACGUCUGUGUGUUUGUAUGGAGCCGGGUUAAUAGCGUGGUUAGCUUCGCUUAUAAACCUGUAAAUCUGGCUGAUGGAAAGAAAGCAAAAAUAUAUAUUUUUUCUUUUUGUUGAACUAUUCCUUUAAAUGAUACAUUUUAAAACUGCUCACAUCAAAAAGAAAAGUGAUGAAACAACGCCAGUCUGACAUGCAUAUCUACUUGUUAUAUACACAUGGUGUCUUAUGUUAUCAUUUAUAAAGUAUAAUAAUAUUUCCUGAUGUAUUUAAUCUAAACAUGGAGGCCGACUGUUAUAACUCGUAUGUUUCACACAACCUGAACUAUGACCAUUUAAUGUAUGAAUUUUGUAAGAUAUCUUUAUGACAUACUAUACUAUGACUUUUACCUGUUCAGUGUGGUAUUAUUACAUUUACUAGGAAAGGAUCUACAUUCUUCUUCGACCACGGUCCAUGAUGAAUCCAACGCCCCUCAUCUGAGAGGCUCUUACUGUGAAGCUGGAUUCUGUUUUCUUGAAGGCUCCACAGAUUGCAUAAUGUGGCAAAAACAAACUCAGUCGUUCAGUUUAAACACAGUUUAUUUUUCUGUUUAAAUAAUUGGGUCAUCCAGUGUAGGCUAUGUUGGUUUGUCAUACAUGUUGGUACCAGAUUUAUCAUCAACAAUGGAUGCUGAGGGUGGUUUUGUAUGAAAAAAGACAAACGGAAAGAAAGAAAGAAAUUACACAGAUGAGAUUUUUAACAAUGUGUGAUCAUUUAACCGUAAACAAAAAGAACAAUAUUUGGAUGAUGGGGCUAAAAAAGAGAUUCCUUGUUUUCAUGUAAUUAGAACCUGUUAAAUAAAGAUAGAAGUCAUCACACCGUCAAAAUAAAAGUCCCCUUUUUAAAAUCACAGCACAUCUUAAAAUGUACACUUCUAGUAUGCGUAAUGGCCUCACAGAUAGACAUUUGUAUUUGAUGAUGCACACACACACACACACACACACACACAGGGCUGCUAGCUGUUAGGAGAUAACACAAUGUUCCAGUCUGCAGGUUACAUUUGGGGACACCGUCAGUACCUUCCUGAAGCUUUGCUAUGCGGAGCGUGUGUGCGUUUUAAUUUCCGUAAAAAACUAAAUAAAAACAGAUAUAUAUGACAGAUGUUUGAGUUAUGAGUGCUCACAAGGACAGCAGUACCAUCUCUAAUUGUAUUACAGUGCUUUUGAAUCAGGAGGAAAAUCAAAUAAAGUGACGUCACAUGCAGCAAAAUAUUAUCUCUCUGAAGACAAAGUUCCACAGACAAGAGCGGAAGAAGCUGUUAAAGAAACGUCCUUUGUUUAAAAUCAAGCGGUUCAUUUGUUUUGCGUCCGUUCGUUUCUCGUUAACAUACAGCGUGUUUUUUUUGUUCCUUUCGUAUUGGUUUGGGGAAGAGCAUCGGGUCGCACACUCAAGGCUGCUCAGACAGUGUCGACCUCUCGAUACAAAUGCACCGACUCUGCAAAGCUUCAACUCAAAUCAGUGCAUAAACAAUCUGUGAAGCUACUGAUUUUUUUUUUUUUUUUUCGUUUAAAGAUUUUAUACAGUGUCAUUUAUAUACAACAAAAAUCACCCAUUUAAUAUUAUAUUUCAUUUUUAAAAAAAGAACCACAUGGUACACCCCAAUACUGCGGGUCCAGGAGGAGAAAAUAGAGCAUGUAAGGCGAGUGUUUGGGAGAGAGUGAAUCACACGUCUUCCUUAUCUGUCAGCGUUUAGUUUUCCUCGUUUCUUGUGCCAUCUUUGGUCACACAGGCGCCUCUCAUUCGUGGAAGAUAAAGCUCCAGCUCACGUCCACGCGUGUCCUUUUUCCGGUGUCGUUUCCACAACAGUGAGUGAGUUUUUGGUGACAUGCUCAUGCGAAAUCAAAGAAAAAGUAACUUGUUUUGCGUUUGUCUUGCUGAAAAACCAUGCGUUGUAAGUGAAAGCUUCAGACACGUUGUUUUGGCCGAUUGACGAGGCUUCCAGUCUUGUUUUUCCUCCCAUUGGUGCGUUUGUUUUGUGUCGCGGGCGGACGUCAGUGAACCUGGAGGGUGAAUGAUCACAGACUUCAAUUAAAAUCUGAGGCGCUGCGAAUGAACUCAUGCUGUGAAUCUGAAACGCCACGGAUCUGAUUAGAUCUGUAAAAAAUGCAAAUAAACAUAUUUCCUAAAAUGUCAGACU